ACUGUUCCAUCAUCUUGUGACAUCUAAAAGUGCUGAGAAGUCUGAGGCCACCCUGCCUUCUUUGCUCAGUGAUCUGUCACCUUCAUUUCUCUGGAUCUUUGCAGUCUAAUGCUUCUAUUUUUAUUCCAGUAACUUAGGAGUUUCUUAAAAGCCAUUCCUGCCUCUCUCAUAUACUUACCUUGGAACAUGUUUUGACCUCUGAAGGGAGAAAACUGCAGCUGCAACCAGCCAGCCAUAGCAGCCAAAGAGCAGGCACUAGUAGCUCUCCUGGAAGCAGAAAUGGUUCUUGCACGCCUGCUGUGGUUUUUCAUGAUGUCAUCCAUUCAUCAUUGUGAGCUGACCGGCUGCCCCUUAGGCCUUGGCCAGCUGCCCAUGAUCAGAAGGGAAGAGACAGAUCCCAGGACAACAGUGCAGAGGGCCCCUGAGCAUGUGCAGACAUGAUGACAUCAGUUCCACCUAGAAAGUCUUGGUGGACAUCGAAGAAGACAGUAAAAGUGAUAAGAUCAUAUCCAACCUUCCCUUCCUUGAAUGCCUGGGAGAAGUUCAGGGGCCUCUUGCCUGUGGAUGGGGAAACGAACCCUGGAGUGGGCCUGGGAGUGGAGGAAGGACUACUCUGCCAGAUGGUUCAUUCUCCAGAAUUCAAUCUGUUUCCUAACUCCGUGGUGUUCGAAAGCAACUUUGUUCAGAAGGAGCAGAAACUGGAAAGAAAUCUAUAAGGCUUCCAACACAAUGGCCCUUGGGGUGACCUCCUCCGUACCUUGCCUUCCCCUUCCGAACAUCCUCCUUAUGGCCAGAGUCAAAUGGCAUCAGGGGCAGAGCCAGACAUGGAACAGACCAUCCAGAGCGCCAAGCAUCAACCUGAAGAGCAUUCUCCCUUUGAAGUUUGUGGAGCUCCAGAUCUGGGACGACCAGGAACGCGUCCUGCGGUUGAGGACAGUCACCGAGAAAAUCUACUAUCUGAAGCUCCAUCCCGACCACCCUGAGACUGUCUUCCACUUUUGGAUCCGCCUGGUUCAAAUUCUGCAUAAGGGUCUGUCCAUCACCACCAAGGACCCUACCAUCCUUGUCACUCACUGCCUGGUACCCAAGAGCCUUUGCAGCCCAGGUGGAAAGACUGAGUUAGUGCAGAAGAAAUCGAAAGGCCUCCAGCCCAGUGAGAGCCUCACACAUCUGAUGGCCCAGGGGGAGAGCGAGACCCUCUCCCAGAUCUUUUCCGACUUGCAUCAGCAGAAACAGUACAGCAGGAGCGAAAAGAUGCACAUCAACAAGACCAGCUCAGAGAAAGCUACUCCCUGUGAAGACAGCAUCCCCUGUACCUGUGAUCUCAACUGGAGGGAUGCAUUCAUGUUCGGAGAAUGGGAAAGAGAAAACCCUUCUGGACCACAGCCCCUCUCACUCCUCGGUACUCUGGCUGCCUCCAGCAGGCCACGGCUGUCCCUAACUGGAGGAAACUCUAUAUGAUGCUUCCUUUCCCAUUGGGGAGAGUUUAUGCAGCCCGCACCAGCACUUCUCUUCAGCAUUCAGUUUCUGGGGGGCUCUAUUUGGACAAAGGGGAGCAGGAAGUUGCUACUAGGAGCGAACCAGAGUUAUCUCAGCAGCACUGACAAGAGCGCCUCCUCAUUCCGUCAGCCUCUCCGUGUGUUCUCACCACCGCCUCAGAAUACAGCAACCUGCACCCGUAGCCGGGCGAUCAGUCAGGUCGAUUGGGGUGCACUGUCCAAAAGUCUGGAGCCUGGAGAAGAGCGAUGCUAUGCGGCGAGGGAAAGCAAGCCCGGAGGAGCAGGAACACGGAAGCUGGUGGAGGGAGUUGGAGAAGACAGGCAGAAAGAAAAUAAGUAACACAAGGAAACAGAAGAGACCUGGGAGAAAAGCUGAAGAGAACUAGACAGGAAGUACAUCUCUGAGAGAUGCCCCGCCAAGCGUCUAUUUAUCUAAUUUAAAAAGUAAAGCCAUAAACCGAG